AUGGCGCUUCCUUUGCAAGUCAUUGCAGACAUUUCACAGGUGAAAAUCCACACAGUACUUGAUCUGCGGGACACGCCGAAUGGCAAGGGUUCAAGCUGCUCUUUCCAGGUGAUCAUCAACCAGUACGACCACACUCUUGUUGUGGAGUCCAUCCUAUACCACCAGACAGAGGUUCCCAAGCUGAGGCGGCCGCUGUUGGUAGACCCAGAACACAGCAUCCCUCGCACGGCUGAGGUCCUGUUCAGCCGCGAUGCCAGCGGCCGCCGCGCACUCGUCUUCGGCGCCUUUGCAGAGGACGCGCUCUACUACAACACCUUCGUGGAGAUCCACAUACAGAGGGUGGUGCCUCAGGGGGACCGAAUCCUGGUGGACACAGAGCAGUUCUUCACGCCCUUCUUCUGGCCCAGCUUCCUGCACCCGCUGGUCUGGUACAACCACAUCCUCAUCUCCACCAAGGACAACCCGGCCGGUGGCAAGUUGAUCACCCGACUGGACAACCACAUCAUCGUCCUGGAGCCAUUUCUCAGGUACAACCUUGGACCGCUCAGCUGGGCCUACGAGCGCAUGCGCAUCGUCAAUGGGAAGGUGUUUGGCUACGCGGGGCGUUCCCUGCACCGCAUCCUGGAGUGGUACCACAGCAACCAGGUGGCUGACAGAGUGGCUGCACAUGUGCCCAAUGUCAACGGCUUCCUCACCAGUCCCUCCAAGAUGGCCAAUUGA